AUGUACCAAGACUUCUGGCUGCUCGCCUUGGAGCUUCCCCGGGUGAUAGUGAGUUUCAGUUGGCCAUCGAACAGGUUGGCUUCCCAAGUGUGUCAGAACUUCCAGAAGGAAUGUGAGGAUGCAGUCAACAGGCAGAUUAACAUGGAGCUCUAUUCCUCCUACGCUUACCUCUCCAUGUCCUCUUACGUUGACCGGGAUGACAUUAGUGUACAUCACUUCUCCAAGUUCUUCAGCAAGCAGUCCUAUGAGGAACAGCAGUGUGCUGAGAGAUGGAUGGAAUUCCAGAACCUGCGAGGAGGCCGGAUCGUGCUGGAGGGCAUCAAGAAGCCAGAGAAGGAUAAGUGGAGCAAUGGUCUGGAGGCAAUGCAGAGACCUCUGCAGAUGGAAAAGGAUGUGAACCUGAGUCUCCUGGAUCCGCACAAGCUCUCCAAUCAGCAUGGUGACCCUCAUCUGUGUGACUUCCUGGAGAGGAACUACCUGGAUGAGCAAGUGAAAAUAACCCAGGAAAUUAUGGAC